GUCACAAAUAAGACCAAUCCUCAGCUACUUUCAGUUUCCCACGAGAACAACACAAGUCCAACAACCCUCCUUCAUAAAAUGUCAACCUCCAGUAUAUCUAUGAAAGUGCUGCUACUGUGGCUUCUCUGUCUAUCCUCAGCGUUGUUUCUGUUCAACUAUCAACAUGCCGGCUGCAUUCAUCAUCAUGAGGCCAAUGCAAUAAAUUCCUUGGCAGCUGACAAGAGCAAUUUCAUGGUUCAGCGCAAAUUGGAACCACCACCACCACAACAACAACGCAGGACAGCACGGCAAAUAGUGGAAGAAGCCUUUGAGAAAUCCUACAAGCACCUGAUCGAUGCUUGCCAAAAACCAGAUCAAUCCUUGUAUCACUGUCUUCUGGAAUUGCACACCAAUGCCCCCAAAAUCCCCCCCAAAUAUCCCUGGUGGGUUCAAACACUGGUUCGAGACGGAUCCAACAUUCUGGGUCCAUCUGGACUGCACGGCAAGUGGCAUUUCAAAAUCUUCAAUACUCCCACCGGUCCACUCCAGUUUUGCAGUCUGGAAAAGGUCGCCUCGACCGAAUGGAACGCCCUCAAAUGCAUGUUGGACGGCAAGGACCCUCAAUCCGUGGGAGACUUUUGUCUCGAUAAACCCCAACAAUUGCCACCCGUACUCCCCAAGGCCGUCUUUUUACGAGAUCCCUUGGAACGAUUUCUAUCUGGCUUUGUUGACAAGUGCAUGAUGCCACAACAUCGCAAUUACGAACCGCACUGCGAACCGUCCGAACUCUGGGCUCCCCACUUUAUCACGCAUCCCAAUCAGGCUCAAAAACGACAAUUCAUACCCAAGGAAGACGAUGCCCGAUUGUUGCGAGAAUUCUUGGCCAUGAAACGACACUUUUUUCAAGCGUACAUUGAUACCUACCCACUCCGAUGGAACAUUCAUUUCAUGCCGGCAGCACUCUUUUGCGAUGGACUCUUUCGCAACAUUCAACACUAUGAUUUUGUUGGAUACAUGAGUGGGGACAAGGCAAAGUCACAAGAAUACCUUGUCAAGUUUGGACAACGCUACAAUAUUACACCGGUGGUGUCCAAAAUCUUUCAUCUUGACAAAAACCACAAUGAUACCAAACAGCAUGUUGUCAUGUCCAACAGUGGGGAAGUCAUGAAGAAUCGAAUCGGAACCGCCUCCAAGAAAAUCAAAGAGUACUUUACACCGUAUGCCGCGGAAAAGUUGCUCGAGUUUUUGUCCAUUGAUUAUGCGCACAAGGGGCUCAAUCUACCAAUACCCGACUGGGUGGAUGACAUGUUGGCACAGCAAGAACAAUAGUAGUUGACACAGGAUACCUAGCUAGCUUCUAAUCCAUGAUACACCAGCCAUGAGUGAAACGUUGUAGUGGGAAAUAAAUGAUAAUUGCUGCAGUCAGCUAUUUCGU